AUGAAUCGUUCUACUUUUCCAUCACCAGACGGACUACCCAUCCCGCCCCUGACGUCCGGUCGCUUCUACAGCCCCAACGGGUCAUACGUGAUGACGAUGCUUCGGCUUGGUCAUUCCGUCGGUCCCAAGGUGCUGCUCCGGACCGACUUUUGGCUGCUCCUGUCCUUGCACCUAGCGGCAUUCGCUGCUUACAACAGCGGCUUCAUGGGUGAGAAGGGUGGUGGGUGGAGGCUAGGCCUGCAGGAGCUCGAGUGGUCUGACGUGGAGCUAAUGUUCGUCCUCAUGUCCUGCGCCUUGUGCUUCGCAGUGAACCAGGCAUACUUCAGAUAUUUGCAGUUGGGCCAGUUGGUCAGGAAGGCAAUGGACAGCGUAUAUGACUUCGCCUUCGAGGCUCGGCUGUUCUUGCGCAAAGAGAACGAACCGUACGACCGGCUUGGCUGUCGAUGGGCUGUGGGUUCUUUGAUCCUGGUCCUGUGCGAGAUCAGGAGAAGCUACACAGACGGCACCAUUCAACAGAAUGAUCUUCUGAAGUUGGUGGAUCUGGAGUUUAUCAGGCCUGGUGAAGCGGACUUCCUGGAUCCGCACAGUCUUUCAGCAAGGCAGAGGACGCUCGUCAUGAUGCACACAGCCUGUGACUGUGCACUGCACGGCUCGGGAAAAGCGGAAGUUGCACCAGCAACACAACGAGAUUUGCUGCAGCGCCUUGUCGACUGCAAGUCCUACCAGCUGCAGUUGCUCGAUGCCGCGAGUGCGAUGCUGCCCUUCGAAUACUUCCACUUGCUCAGUACUCUGGUCAUCCUGACCACGGCCUACCUAGGGCUGUGCGUCGGUCUGUGCGAUUCAUGGAUCGUACCGCCUGCUUAUGCAACCUCUCUGCUGAUCAUACUGGGCUUGUUUGAGCUCCUGAGCAGUUUGAACUAUCCCUUCGACGGCGUGCACGAGGCCGACUUCCCGCUGAACAGCUGGGUUACGCACUUCUUGUCCAACCUGACUGUUUUGCUGAACUACUCGCAUGGCGGCACUCGGAGCAGCUGGGAAGCUGAGUUGAAGGAAGAGGCUGCUCAUCCGGUGCAGUUUCCACUCACCGAAGAGCAGGUGAACUCCAUCCUUUCCGGUGAUGCCAGCCGGCUACUCCACAAGCAGGCAGCUCAGCCAACUUCGAAUAGCGAGCAGGUUCUGGCAUCUGCCGGGGGCUCUGCGAAAACAGUUCGCUUUGAGUCGCCAGCGGUUCCAUGGUACAAAGCGGCCAUGGGCUACACGGCCGUGGGCACAGAGGAGGCAGAUGGACCUCUGCUUGGCGCAGGCGACGCAGAUACGUCGGAUACGGGGCUCGGCGAGACGAUGCUGGGGAGAAUGGGUCAAGCGUUCGGUCUCACUGACUCGGGUGGCUACCAGAGCCGUGAUAUGCACGCAGAGCAGCGCGGCAGGCCGGCUCUUUGA